AUGAGCUUCGCCACUCGCCUCCUCGGCAAGACCGUGAAGUACGGUACCGUGGUAGGUGGAUCGGCAGUCGGGAUAUCAUGCGGCUACGUCUACUUCACAACACCGCCCACUAUACCCCCAAGUGGAUAUCGUAAUUUCACACCACGAACAAAUCGAAAGGAUAACAUGGAGCGAUUGAAGAAUGAAGUAUUUGACAUCGUUGUCAUCGGCGGAGGCGCUACAGGAGCCUCGGUAGCAUUGGACGGUGCCUCAAGAGGUCUCAAGGUGGCCUUGUUGGAGCGGGAGGACUUCUCCUCAGGAACCAGCAGUAGAAGCACGAAGCUCCUCCACGGUGGUGUUCGCUACUUGAAAGAUGCCAUCUUUAACUUGGAUUACAAAAUGCUCGUUUUGGUCUAUGAGGCGCUGCGUGAGAGAGCUCAUAUGCUGCAUUGUUCGCCAUUCAUGACUCAACCCUUGGCGAUCCUAAUGCCCCUCUAUAAGCCUUGGGACAUCCUCAUGAUGUGGGCUGGUCUUAAGAUGUACGAGUUUUGCGGCAAUGUUGCGACGCUGUUCUCGCCAGGACUGCCCAACUCUUAUUGGGUUAGCAAGUCCAAUAGCCUACAUAUGUUCCCUCUCUUGAAAAACGAAGGUCUGCUAGGCAGUGUUAUGUAUUAUGAUGGUCAACAGAACGACUCCAGAGUGUGCCUGCAUAUAGCUAUGACCGCUGCAGUAGAGAACUACAUUGACGGUUGGGUGGGUGCGACUGUCGCUAACCACACCAACGUGCUCAGUGUCACCAAGGACGAGCAAGGUCUAUGCAGUGGCGUGAAAGCGCAAGAUGAGCUCACUGGAGAGACCUUUCACGUUACUGGUAAAGUGGUCAUUAAUGCUACGGGUCCGUUCUCGGACAUCAUUAGAAAGGACGCUAACCCUAAGGAGCGGGAACUGGUCGCUGCUGCUGCCGGAGCACACUUGGUCAUGCCUAAGUCGUAUUCUUCCCCAGCGUGUGGUAUGCUAAUUCCGGAGACAGCGGAUGGUAGAGUCCUCUUUUACCUGCCUUGGGAAGGGAAUACGGUUGUUGGCACAACUGAUGUAAAGAGUGAUCUAACGCCGCUUCCCAAGCCUACCACUGCUGAGCUCGAUUUCAUUGUCGAGGAAAGCGUGAAGUAUCUAAGCCUCAACAAGGAAGAUAUUCGACAGGAUAUUACUGCCGCUUGGAGUGGCCUUAGACCGUUGGUUCGUGAUCCGAAGGCUGCUGAUACCAGCAAGAUGUCACGUGACCACGAAGUUGUGAUCGACAAGAAGACGGGUCUGGUCAGCAUUAUGGGUGGGAAGUGGACCACAUGCAGGCUAAUGGCCGAAGAUUGUCUCAACAAGGCACUGGAGCAUCACCGUGGUAGAGUGUCGGCCAAGUACGGCUGUAGGACCUUUAGGUUGGCACUUCUGGGUAGCCACGGUGGGAGGUUCUCUGUUGGCCAGGGAUAUGAUUUUGACGUUCUCGCCGACCGUAUGGCAAUGGAGCUGAACAGGAGCUACGGUGUGGAUCUCGAUGAUGCUGUUCAUCUUACCAAGUCGUAUGGAACCUACGCCCCGGAGUUGUGUGAAUUCGGACAAAACACCAACACCUUGAGUCCCUUGCUGCCACGCCAAAGCUUCCUUCGCACUGAACUUCUUUGGGCUGUUGAUAGAGAGAUGGCCGAGUCGGUGGUUGAUGUGAUCGCCUAUAGGACUCGUAUGGCCUUUGUUGACCCUGUUGCUACCAGGGCGAUACUGCCAGAGAUCGUGAGCAUGGUUGGCGACAGGAAAGGAUGGGAUAAGAAAAAAAGAGCAGCUGAGAUGGAGAAGGCAAAACAGUUCCUCCGAACCAUGACUUACGGUGAAGGCCAUAGUACGGCCAUGGUCCGCCGUCGGACAUACCGCGACGUGCCUGUCAACAUGUCUGAAUGAUCUCCCAUGGCUUUCUUGUUUUGUGGAAUAUUCAAGUAGUAAUCAGUAGUGCUCAUCUUUGCAUCAACAUCUGUGCUUGUGCGUG